AACUAUAAUCGCUGGCGAGCGCUGUGGCUAAAGAAUAGUCUUUCGUCGGCUGUCGUCGCGAUUGGAUCGAAAUUCAGGAAUACAAAAGAAACAUUAUUUUUUGUGAGUUAAAUACAAAGCAAGAUGCGUUCCAUUUGGCUGCUGCUCUGUUUGGGGCUGCUGGCGAUAGCAUCGCAAGUGCGCGCUGAGGAGGAUUUGGAUAUCCUGUCGGACAUUGAUUUGGACAACAUUGAGGAGUUCGACGAAAAUGACGAGGCAUUCCUGCAGCUGCUCGAACAGAAGGCUAAGAACCAAGAUCUGGAGCGUGAGAACGAGCUGGCCCAGAAGCUGGCUGAUGUGCAGCACAACAUCUUGAACCCGGUGGUCGAGAUCGAUCCCUGCGAGACGAUGCACUGCGGAGCUGGUCGCAUCUGCCAGAUGAACAAGGACAAACCCGAGUGCAUCUGCAUUCCCGAGUGCCCCGAGGAGCAGGAUGAGCGUCGUCUCGUUUGCACCAACAAGAACGAGACCUGGCCCUCCGAUUGUGCCGUCUAUCAGCAGCGUUGCUGGUGCGACAUCAAGGCACCUGGUUGCCUCAACCCUGAGAAUGCGCAUUUGCACAUCGAUUACUACGGCACCUGCCACGAAUCGCGUGUCUGCGAUGGCGAGGAUCUCAAGGACUUCCCCCGUCGCAUGCGCGAUUGGCUCUUCAACGUGAUGCGUGAUCUUGCAGAGCGUGAUGAGCUCACCGAUCACUACAUGCAAAUGGAACUGGAGGCGGAGACAAACAACACACGUCGUUGGUCCAAUGCUGCCGUCUGGAAGUGGUGUGAUCUUGAUGGCGACACCGAUCGCUCAGUGUCCACUCACGAACUGUUUCCCAUUCGUGCUCCCCUCGUCAGCCUGGAGCAUUGCAUUGCCCCCUUCCUGAAGUCGUGUGACUCGAACAACGAUCAUCGCAUCACAUUGAUCGAGUGGGGCGCUUGCUUGGAACUCGAUGCCGAUGAUCUUUACGAACGUUGCGACGAUGUCCAGAAGGCUGUGCCGCAUCUUUUGGGUUAAGAUCGGAACGGAUCGGAGAUGAUCUUCUUCCUUGAAUGUUUUCAAUAAUACUUAUGCAUAUUGUCGUGUAAUUUUACUAUUUUUUGCGCACAAAGUUUAUUUCAACAAUUUUGUCUAAUAAAUUGUCCAAUAACAA